AUGCCAACUACAACGACAACUGCAAGAACUACUCAGCAACCAGUAAUUCCUAAUAUUCCAGCCGAUGCCCGAUGGGCACAGAAUGGAGUGACGGUUGCUGGAGGCCAUGGAGCAGGCAGAGCUACCAAUCAACUCUCCUGGCCUUUUGGUCUCUUCGUUGAUGAUGAUCAAACGAUAGUCAUCGCUGACUGGGGCAAUGAGCGUAUCAUUCAAUGGAAGAUGGAUGAUACGAAUGGACAAGUAGUAGCUGGUGGCAAUGGUCAAGGAAACCGAUUGGAUCAAUUGGAUCGACCAACUGAUGUAUUGAUCGACAAACAGACAGUUAGUCUCAUUAUUUGUGAUUUGGAGAAUCGACAAGUCGUACGAUGGUCUCGUCGUAGUGGUACAACUCAAGGAGAAAUCCUUAUCAACAACAUCAAGUGUUCGGGAUUGGCCAUGGAUGAUCAGAGAUAUCUCUACAUCUCUGACUACGAAAAACAUGAAGUAAGACGAUAUGAAACAGGAGAAAAGAAUGGAACUAUUGUGGCUGGUGGCAAUGGCGAAGGUGCUGGUCUCAGUCAACUCAACUCUUCGACCUACAUCUUAGUCGAUCAACAACACACUGCCUACGUGUCAGACAACAACAAUCAUCGUGUAAUGAAAUGGAAUAAAGGUGCAAAAGAAGGAAUUGUCGUCGCUGGAGGUCAAGGCGAAGGGAAUGCUCUGACACAAUUGCCGUAUCCUAAUGGACUUCAUACAAUCAAUAAUAAUGAUGAAGAAGAUUUGUUUCAUUUGUUUAUGAUGAAAAAAAUUACAACUAUGAAAUUAGGUGAACAAAGUAUUCUCAAUCGAUUUCUAGCUAUAAAAACGACUAUAGCUGGACAAUCGGUAGUUACAGUUGUACUUAAACGAAAACAUCUCGAUGCUCAAGAAAUUUAUAUGGGAUCACAGAAUCAUCAUUUACAACCAGUUGUUAUUAUCGAUUGUUUAGGAAUGCUUGCUAGUGAUAUGUUAAUAUAA